CUUUGUUGUGAUCGAAGGCGGCGGGUAAAGUUGUCUGCAAAAAGGGCCUCCAAUUCGCCUAUUUCUGCCUCCUAUUUCCCUCUAUUACGCGUCAGGAGCGUCGCGAGAGAUCCUAUUUGAAGGAGGAGAGGAUGUCCUAGAAGCGGAACGGAAAGUAAAUCAUCAUGAGUGAGUUUAAAAUCCACCACCAUGUCAGUGAGCUCUUUUCUCUCUUGGGAAUCAGCAAAGACGCAGCUGAAAGAUACACCGAAACGUUGGGCCAGUCGGUACAGCACUUUAUCAAUACUCAGGUGUCGGCUUCAAGCGCAGUAAGGAUCUUGGCAGAAAAUGCGCCAGACCCUCAGGCUUUUCUCAGCAAGUACGAUGAAUUGAAGAGCAGAAACGUGCGAGACCUAGAUCCCUUGGUGGUGUUUCUGAGUGGUUUGGUUGAAGACGAAGAAGUGAGGAAGGCGAUAGAGAGUGGCUCCAGGUCGAAGAUGAAGGAAGAGGGUCUAUCAUUUACGACGGUUCCCAGCAUCGUCUCCGAGAUCGAACAUGCGGCGGAGACAAAACUCUCAAAGGACCAACUCAAUGAGUUGCGGGACCGUUUGCUGCGCGAAUCGCAAGUGACGCACGUGCCGAGCGAAGCCAUGCGAGCAGUCGAAAGAGGAGAAAAGAAAAAUAUCCUGGGGCCUCCGACCCCAAGUUGGCUGGAUAACCGACCUUAUCACACGUUGGAUUUCGUGCAAGUGGAACACAGACCCGACGUUGGGGCCCUGGGCAAGGUGGCAUCAACGUCCCAAGAACAUCAGUUGAUUGAAGAUUUGUUAAGCCUCAUGAUGGGUAUAGAAGGAAUGUACAUUACAGUACAACCUCCGGCUAAACACUAUGAUGCCCCAGAGUUUACUGUUGAUCCAUCUGUUGAACCUUCUCUGAGUGCGUUGGUGAGCCGCAUCUUGCCAUUGUGCGGUCACUACUCUCAGCUGGUGAGGUUCGUGGAGGACAAGAGUUUAUAUCACCAUGGAUUGGUAAACCAGGCUUUGGCAGCUGCCCUCACCAGUCUAAUCAAAGACUAUAUGCUGUUAGUAACACAGUUGGAAGCACAACACCAGAGAUGGGCCCUCACUCUGCACAAACUAUGGUUCUAUGUGGAGAAGACGAUGGCAGUUAUGGACAUGCUUGCUUGUAUCACUAGAAUAAUUACAAAGUCCGAAGCACAUGGUGGGUCGGUGUUGAGUCUCCUGCACGACCGUACCCUGAGCCUUACAGGAUGCGGACAGCUGCAGGAGGUCAUGGUAUUCCUAACGCAGGCGGCUGCUGUGCCCUACAUGAACAUGCUGGCGAAGUGGCUGUAUCGUGGUAUUAUCAACGAUCCUUACAAUGAGUUUAUGGUCGUGGACAGAGAGAGUAGCACGGAAGAGAACGAGGAACAGGACUUGGCCGAUGACUAUUGGGAAAAGAGAUACACAAUCAUUCCCCACAACAUUCCUGCUUUCUUGCAAAUGCAUGCCGAUGUCAUUCUGCGAACUGGGAAAUACCUUAAUGUAAUCAGGCAGUCAGAUCACAGUGUAGUCUGUCCUGACCAAGAGGAACUAGCAUACAGCAUAAGAGAUCCAUCAUAUACAGAAGUGAUUGAACGGACCUAUAGUUUUGCCUCCAAGCGACUUUUGGAGUUACUGAUGAAAGAAAAAGAUUUAAUGGGGAGGCUAAGAUCCGUUAAACAUUACUUCCUGCUGGACCAAGGAGAUUUCGUUGUGCAGCUCAUGAGUCUCUGUGAAGAUGAGUUAAGCAAGAACAUUGACGACGUUCUCCCCACAAGACUCGAGUCCUUGUUAGAAUUGGCACUGCGUACCUCGGCGGCUAACAAUGACCUGUACAAGGAUGAUAUCCAGUGUGACUUGCAGCCCAUAACUCUCAUGAACCAGAUGUUGAGGAUAUUGAGUAUUGAAACGGAAGAUGAGCGCGAGUAUUACCCACAAGAGGAACGCCUUCAACUAUCUGGGCUCCAGGGCUUCUCUCUAGGAUACAGAGUGACGUGGCCAGUGUCCUUGGUGCUCGAUCGGAAGACCAUCGCGUGCUACCAGAUGAUCUUCCGCCAUCUGUUCUACUGCAAGCACGUGGAGAGGCUUCUGUGCAGGGUGUGGGUUAGCAACAAGGUAGCCAAGAGUUUUCCUUUGUCUGCUUCUCGGACCUACACAGCAGCUUUUGCUCUAAGACAGCGAAUGUUGAACUUUAUACAGAACAUAGAGUAUUACAUGAUGUUUGAAGUCAUAGAGAGGAACUGGCAGACAUUCAUCAAUAAAAUGCAGAAGGUAGAAAAUGUAGAUGAAGUGUUAGCAUUCCACAAUGAUUUCCUGAGCGGCUGUCUGAAGGAUUGUAUGCUAACUUCACCUGAGCUGCUGAGAAUGAUCUCAAAGCUUACAGGAAUAUGUGUCAACUUUGCUAACUUUAUUGAGAGAAUGAGAAAAUACUACUUGGAGGCGGAACUCUGGAUUUCCGAUGAGCGGAGAGACUCGAUAGAUCGUGAGGAGUCGCCAGAGCCAGCAGCAACUACGCAUGAAGAUAGCCAGAGCUUCGAGCAGACUAUUUCGCGCUUUGAGCUUCAGUUCUCCGGAAUGAUUUACACUCUGAUGGAGAAGAUCUCGGAAAUGGGGAGAGACAACUACAAUGAUGCGCUGGUCAAUGUGAUUUAUAGAUUAGACUUCAAUGCCUACUACGCAAAGAAACACGAACACCUGCGCAUGGCCACCUCCCCCGAGGCCUCUCUCGAGUACAUCAGUGGGCCAGUGUCGGGGUGAAAGCCUCAUACUGAAAUGUCUGUUGGAAGGAGCAGCUGAAAGCACCAUCUUGUAUUCAUCGAAGUUCAGAUGUGAACUGGAGACAGAAUUAUAAUGGGUUUCACUCAAGAAGUUCUUUUCUUUUGUAAUGAUUUAAAAUGGUGGAAUGCCGCAAAGAGUUUUGUCUAUUUGGUGCUUUGAUUCAGUUGGACUGUUGAAGCACAAGCUAAAGGCUUUAUCUCCAACACAGAAAUUGAAGUUAUUCUGAGGUCAAGGUAUUAAGAAUGCUUUAAAUAGGAAUACCCAGUUUGUAUUCUCUCGAAGUGCAUAUUCAGUGAAAAGAAAUGAAACGCUUACAUGCUUUCAGUGUAUCUCUUUUAGUGUUAUGUUGUUUUCUCAUUGACUGUCUGAUUUGUGCUUAUUAUCAUUAUUUUCAUGUUUUUACAAAAUAAGUAAAAUAUAGAGAGAACUAUUUUAUGCCAGUGAUAAAGUUAUGUAAAUGGACCAUAACAAAGUAAAAUAUGUAAGAUUAU